AUGGGAGGAAGAUUCUCACAACCUUUAGUAUCAGAUAUAUAUACUACAAAUGAAGAUGAGAUGAUUGGACAUUGGAGGUCUGGUGCUCCAGUAACACAUAGAAGACGGGCACAUCAUCUCACGCCGUACGAUAUAGGCAUGAUGAAAAACGUUCAAAGUUUAAACUUUACAGUUAGAGAUAAUUUAUUACUAAGAGAGAGUUUGGAAAAGACAACAAGACUUAGUCAUCUCCAAAAGACAUUUGGUAAAUGGCUGAUAUGUCUGUUUAUAGGUGUAUUUGUGGGUUUGAUAGCAUAUAUAUUGAAAUUAUCAGUUGACAAACUACAAGGCUUUAAAUUUGCAAUGGUACAAAACUUUAUAACUAGUGAUGAACCAGCAUAUGCAUUUUUAACCUUUGUAGGAAUCAAUUCAUUUUAUUGUUUGUUGGCUGUAUUGAUGGUGAUUGUGGUCGGACCGUUGGCAAGUAGUUCUGGCAUACCAGAGGUAAAGGGAUAUUUGAAUGGCGUAAAAGUACCAUCAUCGUUGGGCUUUAGACCAUUGUUUGGAAAGAUUGUGUCGUUGAUCAUGUCCUAUUCAUCGGGGCUUUUUAUCGGUCCAGAAGGACCAAUGAUUCAUAUCGGCAGUGCAAUAGGUGCAGCCGUAUCACAAUUCCGAUCGUCAACCAUCAACUUUUAUCCCAAGAUCUUUUUGCAGUACCAAAAUGAUCGCGACAAGAGAGACUUUAUAUCGGUGGGCGCUGCGAGUGGUAUCAGCGCUGCUUUUGGUGCACCGAUCGGUGGUGUAUUGUUUUCAAUUGAAGAGGCAUCGUCUUUUUGGAGUAGACAGCUGACAUGGCGAACCUUUUUCUGUUGCAUGAUUGCGACUUUUACAACCAACUUUUUGCUGCAGGGUGUUGGGUCGUCUCCAGACAUUCACGACUCUGGUCUAUUGACAUUUGGAUUUUCAAGACUCUACCUCUACCGCUACAGCGAGCUGCUGUGUUUUUGCGGACUCGGUAUCAUUGGUGGAUUGUUGGGCGCAGCAUUUGUAUUCUUUAACAUCCAUCUAAACAAGUGGAGACGCGACUUUAUCAAAUCAAACUCGUUGAUCAAAUUGAUCGAGGUCAUGGUCGUCAUUGUCAUCACAUCGAUUGUUUGUUUUUACAGUUCGUCGCUGUUUAACUGUCGAUACCAGUCACAGAUUGUGGUGGAGCCAUCGGUGUGCGAGGACCAGACCAACGCCGAGAUGGUACAAUUCUUUUGUCCACCUGGCAUGUACAGUGAGAUGGCGUCGCUGCUCUUUACCAAUCCCGACCAAGCUCUGCGAAGACUCUACUCUCGUACAAACAAUAUAUUCACACUCCCGGCACUUGUUGUCUUUACCCUAUUCUAUUUUGCACUAUCGAUCAUGUCGUCUGGCUUGUGGGUGGCCGGCGGUCUUUUCGUGCCAAUGAUGAUGGUUGGUGCUGGAUUUGGAAGAUUUAUUGGACAACUUGUUGGUCUCUAUUUCAACGGUAUUGACGCUUCUAUUUAUGCGUUGGUUGGUUCGGCUGCCAUGAUGGCUGGAUACUGUCGCAUGACGAUAUCACUCGUCGUUAUUAUGGUCGAAUUGACAGAGGGUACGCAGUACCUAGUGCCCAUCAUCUUGGCCGUUAUGAUUGCCAAGUGGGUCGGUGACUUUUUCAACGAAUCAGUGUACGAACAUCUGAUGGAGCUCAAACACAUUCCAUUCCUUCAAUCCCUCCCUCCACACUCCAAGGCAACAAAGAAAAUCACAGAAGUUAUGAAUCGACAAGUCGUCACGGUGCCAGAGCUAUGUACAGUUCGUGCUCUGCUCUCGACACUUGAAGGCAACUAUCAUCACGCAUAUCCUGUGACCUGUUCACUCGAAAGCGACAACAACGAAUACGAAUUAAUGUUUGGCGGAGCUAGAAAGAGAGCACCCUAUAGAGGACUAGUCCUAAGAAACGAUAUUUUGGUACUCCUCAAACUACGAAUCUUUUAUCGCGGCACAAGCAGCGAACUACUAUUGGACACUAAUUUUGGUCACGAUAGAUUUAUCCAAGAAACGUCAAAAAAGCCACCCAAACUAAAUGAAUUGGACCUUGACGAAUCAGACCACGAAAGAAUAGUGGAUCUUAGACCUUAUAUGAAUAGUUCUGCGCUAACUAUUCACGAUACUUUUUCAUACAGUGAAGCUUAUAAACUUUUUAGAACUAUGGGUUUAAGACAUUUAACUGUUAUUGAUGUUAGUAAUUUUGUAGUUGGAAUUAUAACAAGAAAAGAUUUAUUAUAA